AAAAUUGAUAGGUCGCUAGCGCCACUCGCGAAUCGCCAUCUUGAUUAAACAAGACGGCGUUAAAAGAUUCGACGUCGCGUAGAAAUUGUUAAAUAGCUCCUAAUUCAACUAAAUUAUUCCUAUUUUGUUAUUAAGAUUACAUACAUUUAAGUUACAAAAAUGUCGGGAGGCAGCGGCGCUAAUAGAAACGAAUGCAGAAUAUAUGUUGGUAACCUACCCCCUGAUAUAAGGACAAAGGAUAUCCAAGACUUAUUUUACAAAUUUGGUAAAGUUACAUUCGUUGAUUUGAAAAACAGAAAAGGCCCACCAUUCGCAUUCGUUGAAUUCGAAGAUCCCAGAGACGCGGACGACGCGGUGCGCGCGCGCGACGGCUACGACUACGACGGGUACCGGCUGCGCGUGGAGUUCCCGCGCGGCGGCGGCGGCGGCGGGCGCGGCGGCCGCGGCGCCGGCGAGCGCUUCGGCGGCCGGCCCGCCGCGCGCGGCCCGCCAGCCCGCCGCUCCGAGUACCGCGUGCUCGUCACCGGCCUGCCGCCCUCCGGCUCCUGGCAGGAUCUAAAGGACCACAUGCGCGAAGCGGGCGACGUGUGCUUCGCGGACACGUUCAAGGACGGCUCGGGCGUGGUGGAGUUCCUGCGGCACGAGGACAUGAAAUACGCUGUCAAGAAGUUGGACGAUUCCAGGUUUAGAAGUCAUGAGGGCGAAGUAUCGUAUAUUCGCGUCAAAGAAGACUAUGGAAAUAAUGACCGCUACAGUGGAGACAGAGACAGGUCCCGCUCGUACUCGCCGCGGCGCGGGCGCGGCUCGCCCACCUACUCGCCCGUGCGCCGCUCCUACUCGCGCGACCGCGACCACGCCUACUGACCCGCUGGCGCGGCGCGGCGGACGUCCUCCGGCGACGACUUCUAACCGCUUUCUGUACACUACUACACAUUACCGCCC